UUGAAAGAUACUCUGUGUUCUGAGGGGAAACUAAGAAAGGUCGCACUUUUGGAAAAAAGCAGCUGCAGCGAGACUUUUUCUUUCUUCUUUCUUCCAAUGUGUGAUGGAGUCUGGGUUUUUCUGCUUUAUUCUCGCUUCUUGCCUUGCAGUUUAUUCUUCUUACACAGUCAGCUCACACAGAGAGUGGGAUGAAGUUGUGAUGGUUGAACAAAACACAUCCGCCACCUUGGUCUGUACUGGUGCCAGACUCCGAGGCGACAUAUCCAUUAACUGGAAGGUGAAGUUGGUGGACACGGAUGAAUGGAAACUGAUUCUCUCAGCCAGCGAGAAGAAGAAGUUUUCCGGAGGUGCCUCGAAGCCAUCCAUGCGAUUGACUGACGACAACUUUCGAAACACGGGGGAUUUCUCGCUGGUUGUUUCACCCGAAGUGGCGGACGCAGGACUCUACUCGUGCCUCAUCCAGAAACAGGAGAGGAAAGUGAAGGAGAGGAUUUUCCUUUUGACAGUUCUCACAGUUGGCUUCUUUCCCCCUCCGCCCGUCCGUCAGUACAGCACCCUGCGGCUGUUCGCCAAAGCCAUUCCUGUCUUUUCUGUCUCUGAAAUCACCUGGACGGCACCUGGCGGCCUUCCCAUGAAGACAGAGAAGUGGCAAACCUCAGGCACAGUGACUAAAGUGCCGCAGGUCCAGAACGCCGACGGAGGGACUUACACCUGUACGGUUUACCCCCGGGAUAGCUCCAGCGGCGUGCUGGCUGUGCGUGUGGACGUGAGCGUCGACGCCAGCAAAGUGGCCUCGUUCACCAAUAUUUCACACGGAAAUGAGAUGUCCACUGCCACUCAGGCUCUAAAACCCGUCCUCCUGGCCUGUCCCAGCAGCCAGGGCGACUACGUCCGGCUUCACUGGCUUUCCCCAGACACGAACGAUUACAGCAAGAUAAAGAUAGUGUACGACUACGACCGCUGGAGGGGUCUCACCAAAACCCACAGCAACAAGCUCCGGCUAGCCGGUCCGCCGUACGACUCACAGGCUGGGAGCUUCUCCUUCCUACUCACGCCUGAUUUGAAAGAUGGAGGCCUCUACAUUUGCGAAGUGACUCUCAACGACGUCAUUUUCAGCCAGAGGACAAAACUCAGCGUACUGAAAGUGAAAACCAGCCUUUAUCCCUCGAAGCUGAAUCUGCUGUGCCUGUACUCGGAGCGCUCCAACAUUCGGGGCGCGAUGUGGAAACAUGACAAUAAGAGUCGGCGGCUGCAGAUAUCAAGCGGCGGCCCUGGCAGCAUCAGCACCACCCUGCCGCUGCCCAUCACCCCUGAUGUAGCCGGGAAUUACACCUGCUCCCUGCAGCUGAAAAACGGCCAGACCAUCCAGGCAGUUCAAGCUGUCACAGCGCCCCCAACAGAGAGUGUCACCCCCUCCUUCCUGCACCCUUCCCUCUCUGCUUUAUUACUCCUGGUGCCCCUGGUUUCAGCAGCUGUCGGCGUGUUGCUAUGGAGACAGAAACACAUUUCUGAUCACGGUAUUGAGCAGUCACUGUCUGUCCAGUCUGGUGAAGCGGAGAACAUCUAUGAGAAUCCAGAGGAUAUCAGACAGGCUCCUCCCCAGAGUUCAGUCUACAUGAUACGAGCAGUGUCAGGGCUGAUCACCUACCCACAUCUCAUCCCCAUCCAGCUGUCACAUCCUCUCUCUUCACAGCUGCAGCAAAAGGCCUUUUAUAAACAGGAGUAACUACUCAAUGUCAGAGUUGGGGACUUAAAGAAAACUUUUGAGCUUCACAGAAAUGCUAUUUAGGUUUUCCUUUACAAGCUUUCGCUCUUUAGAAGUUAUAGAAGCUCACAAACCUCUCCAGAAUGGAUGGUGGUUAAUAUUGCAUUGUAAAAUCUAAGCUAUCGUUUCCAGUGAAAAGGCUACAAAUAAAAAUAAUGCUUUAUGUUUAUCACAAAGGCAAUGUGUUAUCAGUGUGCAAUGUGGAUCUCUGUCUUAGUUUAUUUGAUUUGCAUGAGUGUAAAAUGAAUCUUUAUGAUUGUCUUACUGAGUGAAAUGAAACAACUGCUUAAAAAUACAGCUGUCCUAUUUUAAUUAAAACAUAUUGUGAUGCUUGAUCAUUUAAUUACUUUGUUGUUCAUUUAAUUUUUUUAUGAUGCAAACGUUUAAUUUUGCACUCAUAAUUAUUGCUGUCUGUUUUAGGAAAUGCUUUCAAAUUUUCAAUAAUUAUUGUUGCUUAACAAGCAAAUGCUCAAAUGUAUGUACAAAUAUUUAUGCAAAAUAAAUUUACCAUAUUUUUGCUGCCAAA